AUGGUAUUCGGCAAGCCUCAAGAUCCUGAUAUGACAAAGUUGUUAGAUAAGAAGAUGAAUGUUAAACUGAAUGGAAAUAGACAGGUUGUUGGAAUACUGCGAGGAUUUGAUGCAUUCAUGAACAUUGUUUUAAAGGAUACAGUAGAGGUAGUGUCACCGACAGAGUCACAUAACAUUGGUAUGGUGGUGAUCAGAGGCAACUCAAUCGUCAUGAUGGAACCAUUGGAAGCAUAUAUGGGCAAAUAA